GAGAAAUCAGUCAUGGGGCUGCUGCUGCCGAUUCUUCUUGCCUUUCUUGCUGCUCUGCUAGGAGGGCUGUACCUUCUCGGGGUUUUUCGACAACGGAGACCAGGAGAACCCCCUUUGGAUAAGGGGCUCAUGCCUUGGCUGGGUCAUGUCUUAGAGUUUCGCAAGAACACAUUGAAGUUCCUGGAGAGGAUGACGCAAAAGCAUGGCGAUGUGUUCACAGUACAGCUGGGAGGGUGUUAUAUUACAUUCCUUCAGGACCCUCUUUCGUUUGGGUCGCUUGUUAAGGAGAGCAGAGAAAAACUGGACUUCAGUAAAUUUGCUGUUCAAUUGGUAUACAGAGUGUUUGGUUACAAAGCUGUAGAGAAUGGACACCAAAUUCUCCAUAUGGCCAGCAACAAGCACCUCAAGGGGGAUGGUCUGGAAGUAAUGACACAAGCCAUGAUGAGUAAUUUGCAGAACCUAAUGUUGCACAACAUAGGCACAUCUGCAGACGAAGGAACCUGGAUAGAUGAGGGGUUGUUUAAUUACAGCUAUAAUAUUGUCUUCAGGGCCGGCUACUUAUCUCUAUUUGGUAAUGAGCCACACAACACAGAGGGAAAUGAGAGUAAAGUCAAAGAGAAAGACCGAGUUGAUUCACAAGCCUUAUUUUACAAGUUUCGUAAAUAUGACCAACUCUUUCCCAACCUGGCCUACGGGAUUCUGCUGCCAAUGCAAAGGUUGGAAGUCGAGAGGCUAAUGGGAUUUUUCUUGGACAGUGUAUCAGUGCAGAAGAUAAAGUCAAGGGACAAUGUGAGUCGUUGGUUGUGGGACAUCCAGCAGGCCACAGAGGAGCUUGGUUCAGAGGAGACAAUGAGAAGCAGAUACAUGUUUGUGCUUCUUUGGGCCUCUCAGGGCAACACAGGGCCUUCUGCAUUCUGGCUGCUCUUUUUCCUCAUGAAACACCCAGAAGCCAUGGCAGCAGUGAAGGAAGAAGUAGAUACACUUCUGAAGGAAUUUGGGCAAGAAGUCCAACCUGGUGGGCCUUUAGUAAACCUGACCCGUGAAAUGCUGAUGAAAACACCAGUCCUGGACAGUGCUGUAGAAGAGACCCUCCGACUCACUACUGCACCUGUCCUCACCAGAGCAGUACUUCAGGAUAUGACCCUCAAGAUGGCUGAUGGGCGUGAGUACUUCCUACGAAAGGGGGACAGAAUGGCAGUCUUUCCUUACAGUGCCGUUCACAUUGACCCAGAGAUCCACCCUGACCCACAUGCAUUCCAAUAUAACCGCUUUCUCAAUCCAGACGGGACCAAGAAAACUGAUUUCUACAAAGCAGGAAAGAAGGUGAAGUACUACAACAUGCCCUGGGGUGCGGGGGUCUCCAUGUGUCCUGGGCGUUUCUUUGCUACCAAUGAGCUGAAACAGUUUGUUUUCCUCAUGUUGGUUUAUUUUGAGUUUGAGCUGAAGAAACCCGAUGAGAUGAUACCUGGAAUCGACUUCAAGCGAUGGGGCUUUGGAUCAAUGCAACCCGACAGAGAUGUUGAGUUUCGAUACAGACUCAGAUAUUAAACGAAGCAAUGGUUAAAAUCUUUCUGAUUAAAUGUUACCUGAUUUUAGACAUCACUGUCUGUAAGUACUUUGAAAAUUGUGAUUCUAGUAUUAAGGGCUAUUUGUGUUUUCAUACUAUACCAAUUUUGAAUUGUAUUAGAUGUCUGUACAGGGGCGAGUAAAAAAAAGAAGAAAGAGCCGGUGUUAUCUAGCUGUUGUUGUAGGUCAUGAACUCGAUUGGAACGUCAUUCUGUUUGUAGAUAUAGAAGGUCAAGGUUGGGUUUUAUUCUGGAAAGUUCCGACCUCAAAUAACGCAUGUAAUCCAUCCAAAUAACAAAAGGUCACAUUGAUGAUUAAUGUGACUGGCGUAGAAAUAUAUUGAUACACAAAAACACAUGUAUUUACAAAAUCUGAAUUUUGACCAAUUUGAACUAUUUUUAGAGUUCGAAUAGAAUUACUAACAAAGCACUUAUAUACUAAUAAAGGACUGGCUUAUCUAAAGCCAGUUGAGUAGCACUUGAAAUGUGUUGGCUCUAUGAAACCUGAUGUACUUAUAUGAUUCUGUUUUCUUCAAGUUUGUAUUUUGUUGGUCGAACACACUUAUUGUAAGUCGCUUUGGAUAAAAGCGUCAGCUAAAUGCAAUGUAAUAGUAAUAGUUCAUAUGUGUCACCUGUAAAUGUAAUUAUAUGCCUGCUUCUUUUAUGCAAUUUAGGUUUCAUAUCUUACAUUUCUCUUCCUAAUUGAAAACUGAAGGAGUUUACCAAUAUUCUUAAUAUAAUUAUACUAUUUUUCCAAGUUGGUGGUGGAGGAUGUGGAUUAUUGUGUUGAUUGUUGAACCACAGAAAUAAUACAAUGUUCCAAACUGUAUAGAAUAUAAUGGUAUGCCAUUCAGUAAUAAGACUGGGAAUAGAUAUAUUUCUGUAAUUGCUGUGCUGCAAUCCAACAUAUUAUAUCUUGCUGUUGUAAUACAAAACAAUGAUUAAAAUACUUGUUCCACUAUGAGUUGGGAAAAAGUGACAACAUAACUUUUACAACUAACAAAUAAUAACAUUGUAUUUACUAUAAUAAUAAUACACUUCAAAUUGAACACUAAAUGUUUUACAAAGAUCGCUUAUUUGAUGAACCCACAAUGGUGGAACGCACUAUGGUUUUCGAAAUGUAUGGUUUUCUUAAAAUAAUAAAAAUAUCAUCACUAAUAGAGUA